AUAUUGAGUGAGGAAGACCUCCAGAAAAUGGGAGAACAUCUUACCUUAUUAUUGUGCGAAACAAAGCAUAGAGGUGCAUUUGAACAGGCUUAUGUUGGCUUUUGUAAACUAACUUCCAGGCUAUGGAGUUUUCCGGAUGGAUCACUGCACAUGAUUCCUAGGAAAUGGUUGAAACAGACUCUAGAAGAAAUUGCAAAUUACAAAAGACUGUGUACUACAAGACGCAGUGCUGGAGUCCCAUUCAUGAUUCAGGCUCUGGUGUGCACUGAACUGAGCGUGGGUGGCGGUUCCUGUUUCUCAAGCUGCAUGGAGGAACUGUUGGCUCUCACCAGGCAGGAACACACACACUCGACGGAGGCUUGCACGCACGCGCUCAACAUACUGCGCGCGCUCUUUCGCAACUCGCAGCUCGGCGAGGCGGUCAGCUGCUAUGUUGAGGCGUCAUUCAUCACGGCUAUGAAUAUGUUCAAAUCGAGCGCUUGGUCGGAGCGCAACGCUGCCACCCUCCUGCUCGCGGCGCUGAUGACGCGCGUGUUUGGUGUGCCGCGAACGAAGGGAACAGCGCUCAGCUGGAAGAACCGGAUGACAGGGCGCAUAUUCUUCCAGCGCUACCCACAGCUGUACGGCUACCUGCUCACUGAACUCAGGUCGGUGGAGGCGAGCCAGUGCACUGUUAAACCCACCAUCUACCCGGCACUCUUGCUGUUGAGUCGACUCUACCCGUCGUCGCUAGAGGGCACUGAUAGCAACCUCAAGUUGGAUGCUUUUAUACCAGCCAUAACGAAUUGUGCCAGCUCAACUGUGAUGAAAACCAGACUGCUCUCUGCCAGAGCUAUUGUCUCGUUGGUCACACCCGAUAUAUUCGUGUCACAUCUCAAGUAUCUGUUCACAAAGAUAUUUGAUAGCACCAAAGAAAAUACAACUCAUGGUCUGCUUCUACAGGCGAUUGAACUGCUCCGAUCGAUACCCACACUCUCAGAUACAGAUGAAGACAAACUGAAGCAAGAAAGUGAACAAUGGAUCAGUCAUAUUUCGAAGAUAUUCGAAAGCAAAACGUUGAGUAACAGCCUCAUAGUAUGCAGCGCUUACAUUGUGGUUCUCUCUCUUCUUCACAGCAAAUACGUCAUGAAAAGCAACGAGCUCUGGUUGAGGCUUGGAAGUCAAAUUGAAAAACAUUUAUUCAGCACAAAAAAGAAUUCAGUUGGCGAAAAUGAGUUCGCUGUAGCUGCCACUGAUUUCUUGCUUGAAAUGAUGGUGAAGAACGUUAAUCAAUCACAGAAAUGUCGAGAGAAAGUUGCAGGGUUGAAUAUACAUCUAGUUUGUCUACUCUCGCAUAAACUGUACGAAGUGAAAAACAAGGCAUUCGAUUUUAUGUUGUACCUGUUGAAACCGUAUGACGACUCUGAUGACUGUUUUGACUUCGGUACUCCAACUUCACUCCUCAAAGAUUCGAUUCUCAACAGUGAUGUCCUGUCACGGAUGAUUCUGUCGUUUUUCUUCUCGUCGAAGAUACACACCCAAGAUUUUUUGAAAGUGUUGGAGGUGGUUACGCACCACCCGAAAGCGCUCACGUUUGUCAAGAAAUCGGGAGGUUUGGACUUGAUUUUGGAUCUGUGUAGGUCGGAUAACGAGACGACCGUUUGUCUGGCCUUGGAGUGUUUGCUGAAGGCACUUCAUCUCAUGGAGCCUGAUUCGAAAGCUGAUGUUUCGUGCUAUAAUUUGGAAUUAAUAUGUGAUAUCGUUGUGAAAAAUUGUUCACCCGAAUCAAAUCUGGAUUAUCGCAUAGUUAUUACAAAGUGGUUCAAUUCUGAGUCUUUUACCAUACUUCCUCAUCUAUCAGAUUUGAACAGGUUACGUCUAUGGAACGCUUUAAUGAGACUUUGCUGUGAUGAGGAUCUAGAAGUACAUGCGGCUCUAUUUUCAACGUUCUGUCAAGUGAAAACGAUUCACUUGUUUAUGAGCAAAUUUGUCAUCGAAGAGACCAGCGACAUUGUGAAGAUGAUGGCGCUAACUGCCUGGACCGUCGGCACAUUUGAUCUCGAAAUAUUCAACAACGAGCCAGAUGAUAAGGCUUUCGACAGUGGCGAACUAUCAGCAACCUUCGAGGAACCAGUUCUGAGUGCGAUAGCGGCCGGCCACCUGCAGAACUUCCUCAUAGAAAACGACAAACUGAUGAAAACGGAAAUCGGCGAAGAGUUUAUCAGUUGGAUGGCUAGCAGCUGUGGCAUAGGUGCCCUGGCGAUUGCUCGAACCAUUUCCGACAUUGGCAACAUCAUCGAAACGGAAAUAUCCCAGAAGUCUGCUCAACUGGGCACCAGCUAUUGCAACUUCCUCAAACCAGGCUUCAAAACAAUAGUAUUGUCACAAAUUAAGAUGAAAAAUUUGUCUCAAUACUCGUGAUAGUUACUUGAUAUUCUUGUAGAAAUUCAAAACAUUAGUAUUUUUUCAAAUUAAGAU